GGCACACGUAACAGUCGCUGCUUUAUGACGCAGGCGGUCUUGAGUCAAAUAUGGCCGAACGAGAAGCGUUGAAGAAAGAGAUAGAGAAAUUACAAAAUCUUAUUAAGGACCACAAGAGAGUUCACGGUGAUGUGCCAUUAAUUUCAUACGGGAACAGGAAAGUGGUUAAACCUGUAAGGUGUUCAGCUCCUUCAUUUGCUCCUUCAUUUAGUGCCUUUUCCAAAAAGCAGACUGCACUGCCUCAAGCACCAUCAAACCUCACAUAUAAUAGGACUGCAGUAACGGCUACUAAGGCGUCAUCAUCAUCAUCAUCACCACCACUGACUACAUCAAAAGUUAGCCUUAAAGCAGGGUCUAAUUCAAAGAUUCAGACAGCUUUGUCUGCUCAUAAAAAAUCUCAGUUUACCUGGGUGAAGAGUCAGGGGAGUAAGACCAACCAAACAAAACCCGAGAUCCACCAGCUUUCAUCAAGCUCUGUUUCAGCAUCUAUUGCUUCUCCAGUUGCGGCCACGUCCACUCAGACUUCUAGCAAGAAACUUGAUGGUAAACUCAGUCGUUCCCCCAGCACCUCUGCGACUUCAAAGUACUCUUGGGUGUCAUCCUCCUGUUCCUCUACAGCAGCUGCUAAAUUAGUUGACCUCCCGCAGAAGCACCUCUCACCCAAAGUUCUUAAGGUGCCAGGAAAAACAGCAAAGGAGGCACUAGAAGGUAAGAAACUCACGACCUCCACUGUCUCAUCAAAAAGGGCCAAAGUUAGUGGAGGUGCUACUACAUCUCAUGGCAGUCGCUACCGCUGGAAGGCAGCUGCAACAACCUCGGCUGCGUCCGGAUCCACGUCGAGGACUUCUCGAAAGAGCUCAGUGUAUCGAUGGACUGCGCAAAAGGACAAGAAGGAUUCAGCAUCGCCAGCAUCUCGAGUCCAGCACAGUACGUCCACUCCUCUGUCUACCAGUGGAUUCAAGCUUAGGAGCAGAACCAAGAUCAUCCGCCGAUCCAGCAGCAGUCCUGCUGCGGAGAAGAGCCCUAGUGUCGGCGGGGUGAUGGUCAGGAGUCGGUAUUCACUGUGCAGAAGGACACACAAUUCGGUUAAGUCCCUCAGCGGUGUCAGACAAGGUCACUCCAGAGUGGUUCUCUCUUUGGACCGGCGUAAACUUCAGCGUCUCUCUCCAUCCAGCUCCAUCACUGCGCCAUGGAGCGCAAAAACAGGCCCAUUCUCUGUGUCAUUACGGUAUCAGGCAUCUCCAAGGGUAAUUAAAACCCGCUACAAGAUUGACACCCGUCGCGCACACCUCCAGCCCCACAGCGCCGCCCUCUCCUACAGAGUCAAGAAAGUCCAGUCAGCUAGAGUUCUGCUGAAGUCUCGCCUCCGUGCACCCUCAGACAGGCAGUGGAGAGGGCGGGGCAUGCGGUGGAUUGGCGGGGCGCUCUACAGCGUUUCGGCCAAUAAGCUUUCCCGCACACAUACUCUUAGCACACUAUCCAACAGACCAGGAAAAUUGUUCAAUCCUCAAGAAGUCGCCUUAAGCAGUAAUGCAUGUAGGACCUUCAACACGCGUCAUGUGGCCAGUCGGGCGGUGCAGAAGAGUCUGGCCAUUAUUCGCCAGGCACAACAGAAGAAACAGCAAGCAAAAAAUUACUGCAUGUACUACAACCGCUUCGGCAAGUGUAACCGCGGCACGGCGUGUCCCUACAUACACGACCCAGACAAAAUUGCUGUUUGCACCAGGUUUCUUAGGGGCACGUGUAAACAGACAGAUGGGACAUGUCCAUUUUCUCACAAAGUCUCCAAAGAAAAGAUGCCUGUGUGUUCGUACUACUUAAAAGGAAUUUGCAACAACAGUAACUGCCCAUACAGCCACGUUUACGUGUCUCGCAAAGCUGCCGUGUGUCAAGAUUUCAUCAGAGGCUACUGUCCUCAGGGAGAGAAGUGUAAGAAGAAACACACACUCGUGUGUCCAGACUUCUCUCGAACUGGUGUGUGUCCCCAAGGGACUAAGUGUAAACUGCAGCACAGGCAGAGGACGAAGCGUGCCGGGUCCAGCCUGAGCUCUGGCUCGUGUAAAAAGGCCCGCAGCCAUGAAUUGACAAAAAGUCCCACGCCAGAACCAGUGCGCACUCUGUCAGACGAGGACAUGCCUAAGACCGGCCUUGCGAAACUGCCCUCCUUUAUCUCUCUUUCUAGUUCCCCAGAGACCCCAGAGAUGGGUGUGAGCCCCUCAUGCCCCCCUGGAGCUGGGACAGAAGGCACAGGAAAGAAGCUGCAGAUCAAGCCUUGCUUCAAAAACUAAACGUGAAGCUGAAACCCCUCUGCGGUCCCGUCAACACCCAGCUCACAGUUUAAGCACACAAAAUGCUCUCGCUUGAUUGCAGCAAGUUUAUGUCUGACAGAUGAUAUCAGAAAAUGCUUCCAAAUUAUGACUUGCUGUAGAUUUUACAAAGGUUUAAUUAUCUGUGUAAUUUAAAGUAGAACAGAGCAGAGAUAAGCUUGGUGUUGGUAAGUGAUGAAUGCUGAGCGGUUUGACUCCUAGCAUGUUUGAAUCCUGAGAGUGUCAUCAUCACCAGGUUAGUUUUUGUGUUUUAUCAUUUUUUUAUUAUUAUUAUUAUUAUAUAUUUAGCAUACAAGGUGCCUUUUUCUGAGGUAGUGCAUCUCAGGGACUUUUUUGUGCAUGUGUCACUUUUAAAAACAUUACAAUUCCAGCCAUUUGUAUUAGAGAAAAUGUAUUUUAUUGCAUACUAUUUAAGUUUGCGGUUUUAUUUGUACUUUAGAACAAAAACUUUAAAAAUUUUCAAUUAUUAAAGAUGUUGAUUGUG